UGCGGAAUCAUAACAAGAAAAAACCGGCCCAAAUCAUGAAUUAUCUCAAGAAUUUCCUGGCGACUCAGCCUGGUACCCAGCCGACUGGAGCAGAGACGAUUGAGCGUCUGUGUGACCGAGUCCAGUCCUCCACACUUCUGGACGACAGAAGAGACGCUGUUCGGGCUCUCAAGGCUCUGUCUAAGAAGUUCCGUCUGGAGGUGGGAACCCAGGGCAUGGAUAUACUCAUCAAUGUACUGGAGACAGACAGAACUGAUGGAGAGAUUGUGAACUAUGCUCUGGACACGAUGAACAACAUCAUGUGUAACAACCCUGAGGACGACGACGAGGAAGAUGUCCCCCAGACCAACGGUGAGGUAAGACCAGAGCCGGAGGACCUGGGGGGACAGUUCACAGAGAUCUUCAUAAAAAAACUGGAAAAUGUGCAGCUUCUACUCAACUUCCUGGAGGAGUAUGACUUCCGUGUGCGCUGGCCGACCGUUAAGCUGAUGACGACCCUGCUGUGUAACAGGUGCAGCCAGAUGCAGCAGAUCAUUCUCAACAGUCCUGUAGGUGUGUCCAGACUGAUGGACCUGAUCUCAGACGCUCGGGAGGUCAUCAGGAAUGAUGGUUUGUUACUGCUGAUCCAGCUAACGAAGGGAAAUGCUGCCAUCCAGAAGAUCGUGGCGUUUGAGAACGCCUUUGAGCGACUUCUGGAGAUCAUCGUGGAGGAAGGACACAGCGAUGGCGGAAUUGUUGUUGAAGACUGCUUAUUACUGAUGAUGAACCUUCUGAAGAACAACAACUCCAACCAGACGCUGUUCAAGGAGGGAGGGCUGAUCCAGAAGCUGACGCCGUUUUUUGACAUCACGGAGGCGAGUCCCACGGGGGGCUGGUCCGCACAGAAGGUCACCAACCUGCACCUCAUGCUCAAGUUGGUGCGUACACUGGUCUCCCCUAACAACCCGACCGUUUCCAUAGCAGCAUGUCAGAAGGUCAUGAACACCUGCGGUCUGCUGGAGAAGUUAUGUAUGAUCCUGAUGGCCAGUGGAGUGCCGGCAGACAUCCUGACAGAGACCAUAAACACAGUAUCAGAGGUGAUCCGAGGGAACACGGCUAACCAGGAGUACUUCGCUUCAGUCAACGCACCCUCGCAGCCGCCCAGACCAGCGAUUGUGGUACUGCUGAUGUCCAUGGUGAAUGAGAAACAGCCGUUCGUGCUGCGCUGCGCUGUGCUCUACUGUUUCCAGUGUUUCCUGUUUAAGAACGAAGUCGGACAGGCCCAGAUCGUCCAGACUCUGCUGCCUACAACCGCAGACGCCAGUGCAAUAUCAGCAGGCCAGCUCCUCUGUGCCGGACUAUUUUCCACGGACGCUUUAUCCAACUGGUGUGCUUCAGUGGCCUUAUCACAUGCCCUGAAAGAUAACCCUACACAGAAGGAGCAGUUGUUGAGAGUUCAGCUGGCGACGAGUAUCGGAAACCCGCCAGUAUCGCUACUGCAGCAGUGCACCAACAUCCUCUCACAGGGGAAGUAUGCGCCCCAGGGAGGAAAGCUGCAGACGAGACUGGGGCUGCUGAUCCUGCUGUGUUCCUGGCUGUCAGACUGCAGCAUCGCUGUUACACACUUCCUGCACAAUGCAACUAAUGUGCCAUUUCUGACAAGUCAGAUCACAGACCAGGCCGAGGAGGAUGAACAGCUGGCCCAGGGACUGUUCGCCCUGCUGCUGGGGAUCUGUGUGCACUAUAACGACAACAGCAUUGAGAACUUCACAAAAGAGAGGCUGCAGCAGCUGAUUAUAAAGAGGAUAGGUCUGGAGAGUUUUGAGGACAAGCUGAGUUUCGUGACAAAGAGCGAUCACUACUCGCGAGCGGCGCGGUCGCCACAGCCUCGGUAUGAUGCACCGGAGAAAGUCCUGCUGGAUUACGAGUUUGUCGCACUCUUCAGGCAGUACGAAGGUGUGAUCAUGAAAGCCGUCCGACCCAAGACGAAGGAAGAGGAGCAGGCGGAACAGAAGACGAUCGAGGACCACGCAGGCAUCGUCACGCAGUACAAGGAACUCAUCAGAGAACAGGUAACACACCUUCAGGCGGAACAGAAGACCAUCGAGGACCACGCAGGGAUCGUCACGCAGUACAAGGAACUCAUCAGAGAACAGGAUGCAGAGCUUCACUCCACCAAGCAGGAACUCCAGGAGGUCAAGGUCAAGCUGAGCGAGACGGAGAAACAGCUGCAGGAACAGGCAUCGAUGGUGCAGCAGCUUCGGGACCAGUACUCACUGCUGAAGGCUACUAAAGGUCAGGGGUCAGAGUGGGAGUGGGCAUCAGGCUUCUUCUAUCAAGACAUAAGUUGUCGAGAGUCUCCCCAGGUCCAGCCUGUGGAGGCAGGAGGAGGGGAGGAGGCGGUUGCUAGGUUACAGGGGGAGCUGGGGGAGUCCAAACGUCUGCUGGAGUCAAAAACACAACAGCUGAUGGAGAAGGACAAAACUAUAGAACAGCUGAAAAAUGACCUAACUGUGGCGGAAGCAAAGGCGGCAGUACGGGAAGCGAGCGAGGCGGGAGACGAGGGGUCAGCUGAAGACAGCACGCGACCUCUGCAGGACAGAAUACAGGCACUGACCUUGGAGAAGGAGGAACUCAGGACACAGCUGUCUUCACAGGAGACUGAGAUCCAGACAUUCCGGACCGACAACGAAACUCUGAAGGCCAAAUUGUCUGCACAGACGAACGGCCCCUCCCCUGAGGCCGUUGCCACGGAGACAGCAGCCGUCCAAUCGAAGCUGUCGGCUGCAGAGUCGCAGCUCGCCUGCGCUGAGGAGGAGAACCGCAGACUGAAGGAGCAGGUGCAGCAGCUGCAGGUGCAGAACACACAGCUGCAGAACGCACCUGUUGCCGAUGGCAACGCUGACUCUGCAGAACUGGAGGAGAAGGUUCAAAGAUUGAGUGAAGAAAAGAAGCGUCUGGAGGAGGAGGCUGAGACGGCGUCCAAGGAGCAGGACGACCUCCUUGUGCUGCUGGCCGACCAGGACGCCAAGAUUAAGAAGUACAGAGACAGACUUAAGGAACUAGGAGAACAGGUGGAUGAUGAUGAUGAUGAUGGGGACCUAGAGGAUGAUGAAGAUUAUGAAGAUGAAGAAGAUGAGGAGGAGGAAGAUGAGGACAAAGGAGAUGACUGACAGCUGUCAAUCAUCCAUCUAACUAGACAUUAGAAAUUAAAUUCUAUCACGUGACCAUCAUGUAAAAAUACACAUCAUCUUAGGACCAGUAAAUUUAAUGAUGUAGAAAACAGUUCAGGACUAGACAGAACUGUGGUUGAUUAAACAUUAAGACAAAAAAUUUGCAGAUAGAAAGACAGGUAAAUAUAGAUUUCACAGGAAAAUAACAGGAACAAAAUAGAGGAUAAACAUAAUAUGAAGUUACAAAUUGGAGACGUAGGAAGAAAUGGCCAAGAAUCUCUCUCCUGUUAGUGGUCCAUUCUUUGCAGCAUGCAGUUGUCAUAGACUCCACCAGACUCUUUUGCAGGCUGAAUAAAUAGUAGAAGUUGGUCGGCCAUAGAGUGUCUAGUUUGCUCGCAUACAUAGACAUUUUAUAGCCGGCUAACUCCCCAGGCCAGCUACAUUCCUUUUAGGCCAAUUUCUACUAUUUUUAUGUAUUCAGCCUGCAAAGGAGUUAGGUGGAGACUAGAGUUGACAUUUGUCUAUGACUUAUGAAUUUAAUGUGAUGGCUUUUCCGUGCUGCAAUGUCAUGGAAAGAAGCAAAUGCUGCACUGGUGGUGUGCUGGUGUUGUGAAUCAUUCCACGUCCUUCUCAAUUUUAAAAUUUUGUCUGCACAUAAGAAUUUACAGAAGGCCCUGCACAAUUUAGGUUUUUGGGGGGAAGGGUAGCACCUUAGCCUAAUUUGCAAAUUAGUCAAUAAAUUGUGUAAAUUUCCUAGCAGCCAAUUAGAUCUGUUGGGGAAAAACAUGACGUUCCUGAUUGGUCCAAAUGUAGAGGUACCCCAGCCAAUCACAUCAAUGAUUACAAAGAAGGUUGGCUCUGAUUGGUCAAAGCAGUAGAGAUGAGGUCAUGCAACCUGAGUAGCCAAUAGGGGCUUUCUAAAGUAGAAAGUUGUUUUCCCUGAUUGGCUGCAGCAGGAAACUUUUGUUUUAGGAACAGCCAAUCAGGACUGCUUUAAGUUUAAGAUGUCCUGUCCUGAUUGGUGUAACCAGACGAUAUUCCGAUUAGCAACUGUCCAAUCAGAACUUGGUAAUGUUGAUGAUGGUGUUCUCUGAUUGGUCCAAAAUAGACUUUUCAGAGAUGCUCUUUUCUGAUAAUGAUGCUUAUAAAAGUGUCAAGUAAAUUUGGUUGUAAGCUUGAAUUUCUCCAAAACUUGAGUAAACUGUGAGAUUUUUUCAUCAGGUUGCAGUUUAGGGUUUAGGAAGAAAACUACAAGUUUGUAUUUCUGUUUUGCUGAUGGUGGCAAACACGCCUAAAUGUACUCUUACUAGCAAAUGAUGCAAAAAUUGUAAAAGUUGUUUUAAACAUGUGUUAUUUUGUGCAAGACAAUAACAUCAGUUAAAAGAUAUUAUAAGUGUUCGAGAUAAAAGAAAAAUAUAGAGUAUUUCUGCCCCAUUAUAUAAGUCCUACUGGUAAAAACAACAUGUGUGUAACAGUAAUUUAUUUGUUCCAGCAUAUUUUGCUGUAGAGGUAGAAUCUGUAGUGGCUUGACUUUGCUGUCAAGCCAAGAGAAUUUAUUAAUAUAGUUAUCUGAUGUCUGCAUACUUUAAAAAUAACAUGCAAAACAGGAUGGCCCUUACCAUACAGAGUAACUAAUAAAGAUGCUAAAAAUGUGAUAUUACAUUAGUUGUGAAUGCAAUGUUAUGUAGAGUUGGAAAACAUCACAAUUUGGAUGUAAUGUCCCUUUUUUUCAGCAAACAUAUGAUAUUUUGUGCAGUUGGUAGUGUGAUGUUAUGCUAGCCUCUAUCAGGCUUUAAGAGGUGGCAGGAAAGAGUAGAAAUUGGGCAAGAGAGCUAACAUGCCAGGCCAGGGGAGUUGGUCUGCUAGAGAGUAGAGUACUCUAGAGAGAUAUUUCUCUAUUUUAAUAGCCAAUUUCUACUCUUUCCAGCUACCUCCCGAAGCCUGGUAGAGGCUAGGAUUCAGAGGCAUCCACAGAAAUGUCACAAUAACCUAGAAACUUGUGUCCCGGAUACCAACACUGAAUAAACAAAAGGUAUGGAGGUAGCUGCACCUGCUUUUCAAAAAUAGAUUUUGAAAAAGGUGGGAAAAUUUCACUGUUAUGUUACUGUGUAAAUGAAAUUAUGACCGAUUCGAGAAAUGAAUAAACAAAAUAUUGAAUUUUA